CUACACUAGAUACUCGCUUGCUCUCAUUCAUCAGGCUUGCCAGGCAGCCAGGCCUGCGCAGCACUGUAAAACUUGCUCCCUGCCAGGCGAGGCCAACUUUUCCCGCCCACCAUGAUACAUCUCACCAGACGACGUAAUACCAUGGACAACACACCACUCCAUGAGCCGGGCCAGCACACCACGGCCAAUUCGAAAAUAACAAUCCCGCCAGCCCCAAAUCCAAUUGGGCGCCCAUGGCCCCCCCCUAGUUCAAAGACCCGCCCUUUCUGGGCCUAUCUUCCGCUGGAAUGGAACCCCUAGGGUCCCGUCCAGAUGUCGGUGACGCCAGAGUCGGCCCUCCCAUCCUUGGAAAAUACCCUGUGCUACGAGCUCUUGGCUUGAGUCGGCACGUUCAGGUCUGUGUAUGCUGGCAGCCGGGUAGGUCAACAGCAUUGGGCAUCGUGCACUCAGGGCAGUACUAGGUAGCAGGGUAGUAUCUAUAGCCAAGAAUGGCCGUGGCUGCCUCCAGUGAUCCACGAUUCAAGCCACUCUCCUGUAAGUGUAUAUUGUGGUCUGUAUACAUAUAUCCCAUCCACCGCUCCGGUCGUCUCGCACUACCCGUGGUCUUCAUGUCGUGGGUUUCUCUCCUCGCCAUCCUUUGUUCAACGUGAACUUGUCCUUCACUUGCACAUCGUAUAUUGCUCCAACUCAGCCGUAGAGAGGCAUCAUAGCAGCCACCAGCCCUCUGGCGCCCUCGCCACCAUGAAGUUCUCCGUCGGCUUGCCGCUCAUCUUCUCGAUGGCGGCCUUCGCCCUCGCCCUGGUGGCCCUGCUCGCAGGCAAGGAGCCGGGAACCUUGGAAGAGUAUCACAUAGUCGUCUUCAACACAUCCACCCUCGGGCACGACUUCAUCUCCAACAUGCUCGGCGACGACGACGAUGCCUCCUCCACCUCAUCAACGACAACCAGCCCAACCCCCACCUCCACCGACGACGGCGGCGGCAUUGGCGACUGGUUCAGCUCCAUCAAGGCCUCUGCCACUGCCGUUGCUGGGUCCCUCCAGAGCGAGGCUGCCAGCAUCCUGGACGACAUCGGCAACGACAUCGCCGACAAGCUGGCCGAGGAGAUCGGCAUCGAGCAGUUCUACAGCCUGCACGUCAUGAACAUGUGCGAGGGCAGCUACGCCCCUAACGCCACCGCCAGCAACGCCGGGCAGAACGUGACCAACUGCACCACCCCCAUGGAUUUCUCAUACAUGAACAUCUCGGCGAUGCUCGACAAGGAGCUUUCUGUCGGCCCCCUGAACUUGAGCAUAUCCGACCUGGGCAUCACAGAUGAGCUCCAGGACAAGCUGGACGACCUGCCCAAGCUGUUCCAGGCCCUCGCCAUCAUGUACAUCCUCGGCGUCGCGUUCUCCGGGCUCGCCAUCCUGACCGCCGCCGCAGCCCUGUUCAUCAUCCCAUCCGGAGGGCGGAAGAUUCCUCUCGCAAACUUCCUCAUCGCCGCCCUGGCAAUGUUGUUCCUGCUGGUCGGCAGCCUGCUGACGACUGUCGGCGUGAAGAAGGCCCAGGAGGAGAUCAAGAAGAGGGGCGGCGACGAGGUCGGCCUCGAGGUCCAGCUCGGCAGCAAGUUCGAGGCCCUCAGCUGGGCUGCCUUUGCGCUGAUGGCCCUUGCCAUGUUCUACUGGGUCUAUGAGACCGUUGCCGCGCACAGACGACGCAGGACGGGUGCCUCUCGCUUUGGACGGAGGCGGGCCAAGGACGAGAAGUACUCCAUGGACUCGCACCGCAGCGGCCGCCGUCACUAGGAGGUUUACAGCCCUUUUAUUUUCCAAUGCCUGGCCAAUCUUGAGUUGGCAGUGUCACAUCAGAUUGUUCUGGACCGCCAAAGCAAUCUGUGCCUGUGUCAGGGAGGACUGGUGCCUUUCAUAUAUUACCCGGGCCAGAUUGGACUACUCCAUGGUAUCGUCAAGAUUGUUUAUUUGUGUCUUACUUUCUUUUGUCGAGCGCCCGUCAUUUGACACUUUUCCUCAAUUUCUUGAUUUGAAACUAGAUAUCCUGUGCCCAAGAAUGAAAGUUCCUUUACACAACGACGGUAAUCUCGCUACACUGGUUGCCCAGAUGUUGCUAAUAGCGGAUAUGAGGCAUGCUGUUGUUAUUGACCAUCGUCCGUAUUUGCUUAUCUUGGCUCAAACUACAGCACUGGGCGUACUCAUAUCAUAUCAAUCGCUGUGCCCGGAAAUGCAUGGAUUAUUCACAUUGGUCCAAGUGAGGAAGUGCACUCAUCUGGAAAGCAAUGGCAUGCUACGGAAACAGAAUAUAGUGCCGAGGGCCUAUGGAAAUUACUGCUCCGUGGGUUGCACCACUUGAUUCGUCUGCGAUAUUCUACUAUUCACGGUCGUGAAUCCGUCUGGACACCAACAAGUUUAAGCUCUCGCCCUUUCAAUUCUCUGCUUGGUCCUGGCCACGUUCGCAUCCACAUCAAAGAUCUUCGUCACGCUCGGGGAGGCAACCACUGCCUCCGACCACUUGUGGAAAUUAGGUGUUUUCUCCUGCAGAUCUUUUGUCAGGCUGGCUGGAAGCAGGCCGUGCUAUCGAUGCAUUAGCAAAACUCUUGAGGCAGAGCACCUCACACAUGGUCACCAGUGACGGAAGUGCCCACUCACCUUGGCAUACGUCUUGAUGCGCAAAACGAAUGGCGCGGUUAGAGCCUAGGGAAUUGUCAGCCUGAAUUCCGCCACACAACGGACGUGGACUUUGACUUGCCUCGGCGAGGGUUAGUUUGCUGCUCCCACCAAAGAAGGGCCCUGCAUCCUUCAACAGGGGCUCAAUCUCCUUGACGACGCCCUUGACGAGCUCCUCCGCAUUCUCGUUGGACUCAUCCGCCGUAUUGGAAAAGAGGGCCUUGAACCAGAAGCUGUUGACCUUGCUGAACCACGCAUCGACGAAGAAGUUGAUGCGGGCCCUGGUCAACGGUCCAUUGGGGUCGGACGAGGCCGGGAGGAGGUGGGACGGAUACUUGUCGGCGAGAAACUGCGCGACGACCGCGGACUCGGUGAUGAUCUCGCCGUUGUAGGAAAGGGACGGGACCAGGCCGCGCGGGUUGACCUUGAGGUACUCCGGAGUACGGGGAGUGGCGAGGUCGAUGAUCUCCUCCUCGAAGGGGAUGCCGAGCUCCGCCAGGACAAUGUGGGCGCGGUGAGCCCCUGGGUGUCAUGAGGGACAUGAUCAGAAUGACGGCCACAACGGCGGACGGCACGUCCCAGGAUGAGGAAUGGUUUCACUUACAUGGGCACCCGUGGUUGGUGUAGAGCUUGAUUGAUGCUCCUUCGGACGCCAUGAUUGGUGCUGUUUGUGGAUUUUGCGUGGGUCCCGAGAAUGUCUCCCGAGGUCUUUCUAUAGCGGCCUCGAAGUGUGCUUCCGGAUGCAAGCGAAGUAUUUCGGGGUGUGCGGAGCACACAGCUGUUCUCAAUAAUUGAAGUAGACGGUCUUGAUGAAAUACAGCUGUAGGUUUGCUGAUGAAA